UUAAGUUCUGAGUAUCCUAAAAGCAGAGAUGUACACAAACGUUCUGAUAGUGCUGUGCUUGCUCUGUCUCCAUGCCAGUGUGGUUUUUUCUGAUGACUACCAACCUCCUGAAUUUUGUCGCGACUCUCAGUGUCCCAGGUAUCAAGUGGUGGAGACAAGUGACGACUUUGAACUUCGAGCUUAUGACGCAACAAGAUGGGCACUAACCAACACAGACCCAUCAAUGGAUUCAACACCUAUAACAGAGAGUUUCAAACUAAUGGCCCACUAUAUACGUGGAUCAAAUAAUAAAGGCAUGAAAAUGGAGAUGACGGUGCCGGUGACAGUGUUUAUUCCAUUAAACAGUGAGUCACCCAUCAAUGCUUCCUUAGCUUUCUUCCUGCCACCGGAAUUGGAUAUCCCUGAACCAACAGACCCCAAUAUUUUCUUUCUAACUUUUCCAGAAACAAAAUUGUAUGUAAAGAGUUUUGAUGGUUUUGCUGAACCCAUUGACUUUUUUGAAAAAGCUAAAUCUCUGUAUGAAACAUUGGUGGCCCAGAAGAAAGAAUUUUUGUCUUCAUUCUACGCAUGCAAUAUCUACGAUAGUCCUUAUGAAGUUGUGGAUCGUCAUAAUGAAGUCUAUUAUGUUGCAAUAUAACCCGAGCAUAUUAAAGGAAAACAACUGAUUUAAUAACACAUGAGCUUUAGAUGCCCGUAGGCUAAAGUAAGUUUAGCAAAGAAGUCGUUUUUGUUCCUUGUACCCGAAUAGUGCCCCAUGGUUCAGUUUAUCACAAUACAGUAGAUUACUGGUAUUU